AUGUAUUUCGGAAACUCAGAGGCGAAUUUUUUCAAUGAAACAGAGUUACGAAAGGCGAUUGAUAAGUAUGAUGUGAGCAUGUCAGUAAAGCCAUUACUGCGCAGAGAAAAACGAUGGACACUUUGGGGAGGACUCUACUAUGCGGGGACUAUCUACACAACUAUCGGUUAUGGCGAUUUGUCAGCCGCGACUUUUUGGGGACGUCUAUUUACUAUGAUCUAUGCCAUUAUGGGAAUACCUAUGGUGAUCACAAUACUCAACGACUGGGGGACAAUCAUGUUCCGUGCCAUAGACGGUAUUUUUUUUUACAAAAUUUCAAGUGUUAAAUCGCAUUUGGAUACUGUACAUUUGUCUAGUGGUAUGGAAAAACAAUGUUCGUUCCAUGAUCAGUCCAAUGAAAAAUGCAUUCCGAUGGGAGUCGGAGCGACAUGA